CAUGCCUGAAAAGACCGGAGAAACACAAUUUAGGCUACCUUCCUCCACACCCAGUAAUUCGCGUCCACGGUUGAGAAAGAAAGGGAGACUGGAAGCCUCCCUCCGGCAACCCAGCCAAGGCUCGGCGGCCCCGCCCAGUCAGAGUUCGGAGGAUGCCUUAGACUCAGAGGUUGUCCCAGCAGGCAGACGACAGCGCCCCACUGGCAGAGCGAAAGCAACCGCGACAGAGUCUUUUCUCCAGCAACCCACCCCACUUGUAGGCCCGGCGACUCCGCCUAACCAGGAGGACCAGGGUCCAGAGGAUGCUGCAUCCUCGGAGGCGCGAUUCCCAGCCAAAAACCAGCGUCCCAAAAGAGGAUGGGGCGCAUACCGGGCAACUUCACUAGGAGUCUGUCGCAAUGAGGAGGCGGGGCCUGACUCCUGCAUCGGGACCUCGGGGACACCACCAAAGCCAGAGAAGCUGCAGCUGGGGGCGAUGGCGGCCACGCCAAGCCUUGGGCGCCGGGAGGUAGGGACUGACCGGAGACGGGGAAGAGAGGGAAGGACCCUGUCCUUCUCCCCGGAGAUUGCAAGCAUGACAGUUUCCUCAGGGAACCGAGGUGGCUUCUUUUGGCGCCUCCGAGACAAGCAGAAACGAGUUGGCCUGUUUGAGAUCAGCCCGGGACAUGAACUGCACAGAAUAACGCGUAUGAUGCAGGAAGGGCUGUGGGCUGCCACCCAGGUCUCCAUGGACAACCCACCCACGGUGAAUGGCCCAUUCUGUCUCAUGCACCUCAACCUCCAAGAGGGAGACCCAGCUGGACCUCCCACCCAGAAGGAUUACUCGGAAGUCAUGACCCAGGUUCACGAAGAGGGCUUCGAGCUGGGCACCCUGGCUGGCCCAGCUUUUGCACGUCUGAGGCAAUCCCUAGGCCUGACUGAAAGCGACUAUCAGGCUACUCUGGGCCCCGGUGGCCCCUACCUUCAAUUCCUCAGCACCUCCAAGAGCAAGGCCAUCUUCUUCCUGACCCAUGACCAACGCUUCUUCCUGAAGACCCAGCGCCGCCAGGAAGUGCAGGUGCUGCUCGCCCACCUGCCCCGCUACAUGCAGCACCUGAAGCAGUACCCACACUCACUGCUAGCACGGUUGCUGGGAGUGCACAGUCUGCGGGUGGCUCGUGAGAAAAAGAAGUACUUCAUCAUCAUGAAUAAUGUCUUCUACCCUGCUGGCCGCAACUCUGAGAGGUAUGACAUCAAGGGCUGCAAGCUAAGCCGCUGGGUGGAGCCAGCCCCUGAGGGCAGCCCCAUUCUCUUGGUGCUGAAGGAUCUCAACUUUCAGGGAAAGACCAUGAAACUGGGACCCCAGCGGAAAUGGUUGCUCCACCAGAUAGACCUGGACAUAGCCUUCCUGCGGGACCUGAACAUUCUAGAUUACAGUCUCCUGGUGGCCUUUCAGCUCCUCCAUGAAGAUGAGAAGGAACAUUACAGAGGCGUCAUUUUCCGCACAUUUAGGUCCGUACAUGGUGCGCUGGAUUCGGCAGAGGCAAUGGGUCAGAACCGCCGGCUGCUGUCCGAUGUGCCCAAUGCGCUCCAUAUCUUGGACGGGCCAGACCUACGCUAUUUUCUGGGCUUGGUGGAUCUGACCACCGUCUAUGGGCUUCGCAAACGGCUGGAGCAGCUGUGGAAGACGGUGCGCUAUCGAGGCCAGUCCUUCUCCACUGUCAGCCCGGCUCACUACGCCCGGCGCCUCUAUCAGUGGGUGGAGCAGCACUCCGAGUGACUCCACUCGCACCUGCCUGAGUUCUUCCCCCCUGGACAAUGUGCCCUCAACAAUUUUCCAGCUCCACCCAGGGAGCUAGCCUGCAGUUCCAGCUAUCAGCCACAGGAGGACAGUACCCCCUAAUGAACGCUGCAACUACUCAGCUCCAUUCAGUGAUAGUACUGCGCCCUGCAUAGAGUCAGGGCACCCCCACGUAGCUCAUUUACUAUUAAAAAUGUUGAUAUUCUCUUUUUACAGACUGCAAAAUGGAGGCUCACUGGAUGAAGGGCUUGAGUGAGACCACUCAGCAAUAAAUGCUGGAACCAGUCUGCACCAUGCCUUGGGCCUGGGGACUUAGUUUUGGCCACCUAGCUCCUAUGGCCUCAUGCUCUGGAGAAGUGGAAGGUGGAGGCUCUGCCCCCUUGUUCCAAUGGGGAACAAGCCCAGGAGUUUUAAGGUGCAGGCUUAGGAACAAGACCAGCCCCAUAUACUAGGCCUCCCGUUUCCCAGCUCUGGAAUGGCUUCACAGUGCCCCUCUAAGAGAGAAGGAGGCAAAAAUGAGCAGAGGCAUGCCCGCUGGAGUUGGUCGAGGGGGUGCCCUUCAAGGGUCACUGUUACUCUUGAGUCAAAUAGGGAAGCCUCAAUGGCCAGCCUACGAGUUCUAGGCUAGCCUAUAGCAUCCCUGGGCUACCUCUUUUCCUUCCCAUACUGGGAAACCAGUAUGGCCUUGACCUCA